GCCAUUGCAUUUACACUCAUAUAUAUAGGUUCCAUAAACGUAGUGGGUUUCCUACAUUAAUAUAAACACUCAUAUAUAGGUUCCAUGUUUCCUUACUUCAUACCUCUCAUUGUAAACAUGAAACCAAAUCCUACAUUUUCUUUCAUAUUCACUCUCCUUUUCACAGGGCUUCUUUAUACACACCUGCCCUCUGCCGCCGCGUUCCUCAGCCCCACGGGCACCGCCUCCUCUACCACCACCACCGCUCCGAACACCGAGUUCAUCUAUAAGAGCUGUCAGCACACACUCUACCCCGACGUAUGCUACGCCACGCUCUCCGGCUAUGCUAGCGCCGUGCAGCAAGACCCUGGUCGGCUGGCUCGCGUCGCCAUCGCGGUUAGCCUGAGCAAAGCGAGGAGGGUGACGACUUACGUCAACAACAACCUCUCUCCCCUGGCCGAUAACGGCGACGACCACCGAGUCACGGCGGUGCUCAACGACUGCUCCUCCACCCUCGGAGACUCCGUUGACCAAAUGCAGGACUCGCUCAUGCAGAUGAAACGGCUAGGCGGCUCGGCUGACGAGCAAGGGUUUCAGCUCAACAACGUGCUGACGUGGAUGAGUGCUGCCGAGACGAACGAGGACACGUGUGUGGACGGUUUUGAUGAUGUGGAAAGUGGGCCCGUCAGAUCCGGCGUGUACAAUGGGGUGGUGAAGGUUAAGGAGCUGACGAGUAAUGCGCUGGCUUUGGUCAACGCCCUUGCCAAUAAGGUUGCAAUCCCAUAAAUUCAUGUUGGAGUACGCCAUGUAAUAUCCGUCUAAUUUGAAUAGUUUUUUUUUUAAUUAAUGAUGGUUUGAUUGGUCAUAGUAUUAUGGUCUAUAUGAAUAUUGGUCUAUGUGAUUUAAUUAUAGAAGUAAUUAAGUAAACUUGUGUAAAAAUUCCAUCCUAUAAAUAGAGCUAAUUAAUGUGGUGGAAUUCUAACAAAUAUGCAUUAUAUCACGCCCCUAUGCCCUUAGAGAAGAGUGCAUAUUUGUCACAACUUUGAUGGCAAUAUCUAUGGUAGCCUAAGCCUAGUAGAGAAUGUAAUUGCAUGUACUAUUUCUUGUGUAUCAACAAAACUGACUUCAUGUUUAUUAUAAUAUGAAUUAUAUGAUGGUUCUUACUUUUGUAAA